AUCUUUCAAAGAACAGAUUUACUGAAAUUCCUCCUGAUGUCUGGCUGUUUGCACCACUGGAAACUUUAAAUUUGUAUCACAACUGCAUCAAAUCCAUUCCAGAAUCUAUUAAAAACCUGCAAAUGCUUACCUACCUUAACAUUAGUCGAAAUCUUUUAUCAACGUUGCCAAAAUACCUGUUUGAUCUUCCACUUAAAGUUCUGGUUGUCAGUAAUAAUAAGCUGGUCUCCAUUCCAGAAGAAAUUGGAAAGUUGAGAGAUCUAAUGGAGUUGGAUAUUAGCUGCAAUGAACUUCAGGUUCUUCCCCAGCAGAUAGGAAAAUUGCAGUCACUUAGAGAAUUAAACAUAAGAAGAAAUAAUCUCCAUAUGUUGCCAGAUGAAUUAGGAGACCUUCCCUUGGUAAAGCUGGAUUUUUCUUGUAAUAAAAUUACAGAAAUUCCAAUUUGUUACAGAAAGUUACGUCACUUACAAGUUAUAGUUUUGGAUAACAAUCCAAUGCAGAUACCACCAGCACAGAUAUGUUUAAAGGGUAAAGUACAUAUAUUUAAAUUCCUCAGCAUUCAGGCGUGCCUCAGAAUAGAUAAAAAACCAGAUUCUUUGGAUCUGCCGUCAUUAGGUAAACGAAUCCCCUCCCAGCCACUCACAGACAGCAUGGAGGACUUCUAUCCCAAUAAGAAUCAUGGACCAGACUCCGGCAUCGGAAGUGAUAAUGGGGAUAAAAGGUUGUCCACAACAGAA